CUCAGUAGUUUAUAAGCAAACAGUUCUCUUCAGACCGCAAAGCAAUAACUAAUCCAAAAUGAGAGCUGCAAAUUUAUGGAGUUUCGUAUUUGUCAUUUUUAUUGCUUCUGCUAUGUCGGGGGAGUUACACCCAGAAAUGGUGAAAAUGGCACAGGCUUGUCUUAAAGAAUAUAAUCUCGAGGAAAAUGAAGUCAAUAAACUACAAUGGGAUAACAUUGAUUUUUCGAGUGUAAAGGAUGAGAUCAAGUGCGCAACUAAGUGUUUCUUCGAAAAGAGUAAAUACAUGGACUCAGCAGGAAACUUUAAUGCUGAAUCCGCAAAGAAAGACUUCGAAUCUGAUAAAAAACUGGUGCAAAUUAUUGAUGAAUGCAAAGUUAUGGAAUAUGACAACUCAUGUGAAAAAGCUUUCCGAAUUUUGGCUUGUGUAGUUCAGAAGAAAAUGUAAUUUAAAAUGUGAUGAGAAAUGUGUUUAAAAUAAUUGAUUUACUAAACAAAAUAUUGAAAAAUA